AUGAGCGAAGAGGUAGUUGGAGAUGUUACAGGAUAUAGAGAGGUGAUGGAGUAUUCUUAUUUUGACCGUAUGAAAAAUGCCCUCACUGCAGUUUGCAUCGGCCUUCUCCUUCUCUUUGGAAGCUGGGGGGUUCUAUUUUGGAAUGAAGGGCGGUCGGUCAGGAGGGGAACAGAUCUGGAUGAAGGCAGAAGUAUUGUCUAUCGACUUGGCAUGACAAGCAUCGAUGACACUAUCAACACAAGGAGAGACAACGAACUCGUUUACAUCAGUGGUAUCGUUGAUGGAGGCAACAAUGCGAUAUAUGAUGAAGUUUUCGGCCUCAAUGUAUCGAAUGCAACCAAGGCAAUCAAAUACGAACGCAGUGUGCAAAUGUAUCAAUGGGAAGAAAGAUCGCAGACCAAAACCGAGAAGACAUCUGACGGCGGUACCAGAACAGUCACAACCUAUACGUAUUACAAAAAGUGGUCCUCUCGAUUGAUUCGUUCUUCUCGUUUCAAGGAAUACGUAACACCCUCAAACCCGACAAGCUUCUUGGUGCCCAAGUACGAAGAAACUUCUAACGACAUUAGUCUUGGUCCCUUCCGAGUCUCGACUGAAAUUUCCGAACAGGUGGACUGGGACGUCACCUGGAAAGAUGCACCAAUCGAUACUUCUGCCUCCAACUUUCCAGACUUUCCUGGCAAAACUGCAACCUUUUCACAAGGUGAGCUGCGCUUGCAACGAAACCGUGGUUUGAAUUCGAUCGGUGACAAUAAAGUCAAAUUUUCAGUGGUCCUGCCAGAUUACAUCAGUGUUGUUGCCAAACAAGGCUCUAAUGGAGUGCUAGAACCAUAUAUAACCAAAGGUGACAGAGAGCUUUUGCUUUUUGCCCGGGGGAUCAAGACGUCUGAUGAACUCUUCGACAAAGCUGAACAGGACAAUGUCUUGCUGACAUGGGGCCUUCGAUUUUCUGGAUUCCUCACAAUGGUGAUUGGUAUCUCUCUCAUAUUGAAUCCCAUUGCCAUAGCAUUUGACGUUCUUCCAUUUUGUGGAGAUGCUUUGGAGGAUGUCACUGGAAACUACAUCAUUCCAUGCAUCGCUUUGUUGGUUUCGAUCCCAAUGUCUCUGAUGAUAAUUUCCAUAGCCUGGAUCUUCUAUCAGCCACUAUUUGCAAUUGGAGCGGUGGUGAUGGGUUUUUUGUUAUCAGCUCUAUAUAUUACAUACUUUGAGCCGAAACUAUCACCGAAGCGACGAGAACCAAGUAGUCCUGCCCAAGAAGUGGAGCCUCAAGACAAAACAGUCGGCGAUGAAGCAGAGCCUGAAGCAAUUGGGAGUGUUGAAGAGCCUGAACCAAUAACUGCGGUGCCGCCCUCGAAAGUAAUUGUUCUCAAAGUCGGAUACGAUCAAUAA